AACAUUUCAGUUUGCAGUGCUUGACCGCGCCAUGGCUACCUUGCCGCCUGAGCCGUGUGCUUGGUAGCAAUGGCAGAUGAAAGCAGACGCCAUGGCCGGAGCCGAAGUCGGAGCCCUGAGACUUUCUGGGUGGAGGUGAAGCUCCUCUCGGGCCAGUCGCUUGCAACAAUGCAGGUCCAAAAAUCCGAGCCUUGGCAGCGAUUGCGGCAGAGGAUCGAGGCGUUGGACGCCUGCGGCGACCAUUGGGCUCUGAUGUUUGGAGACCGGGACCUGGAGGCAACAGCUGCCACAACCACAGCAGGAAGUUUGGGCCUACGACAAAACUCGGUGCUGACGUUGCUGCGGCUGUCUCGCCGCAAGUUGUGCACGGCCUCUGAGGACGGCACGGCUCGGAUCUUCGAGCUCAGCUCGGGCAAGAGCCUUUGCAUCCUCGGGGGGCAUUGCAGUGGCGUGGUAUCAGUUACCUUCUCUGAAGAUGGCGCCAAAGCACUGACAAUGACCUCGGCACGAUCCAUUGCCAUGUACGACGCGCAAAGCGGUGCACAGCUCUGGCGCGUGCUGGGCCCGGUCCAGGAUGCCUGCCUGGCGGCGGAUGGCCUUCGCGUGCUGGUCAUGGACUCCCAUUCCGUGGUUGGCUUACUGGAUGCUUCGACGGGGAGGUUGCUGACGAACUUGGUGCAUCAUGCGUACUACGUAUGCACAGCAGUCUUCUCACCAGAUGGAAAGGCGCUUUUGACGAGCUCUGUCGAAGGCUUUGCCCGGCUCUUCGAUGUAGAGUCUGGCAACUGUCUGGUGACUUUUGGGCGCAGGCCGUCGGAAGGAAAGACCCCAGGCAUGUCGGCAGCAUCCUUUUCCCCGGACGCUAGCAAAGUGCUGGUGAGCUUGUAUGAUGGAUCUGCAGAUCUCUACGAGCGAAGUUCGGGUGAGCGGAUUUGCUCCUGCGUUGGGCACCGAAAAUCCUUGCGGUGUGCUACCAUGUCGCCGGACGGAAAGCUGAUCCUCACAGCAUCCAAAGACUGCACCUCAAAGCUGUUUUGCGCCUCCACGGGCCGCUGCCUCAGCACCUACGAGUCACCGGCGGCUUUGUGCAGGGCCAGCUUCGGUCCGUCAGAACAGGUCCUUACAGCUGCUCAGGACGGGACCGCCCGGCUCUAUGACGCUGGGGGGAAGUGCAUCCAAAGCUUCAAGGACCACUCUGCGCCAGUGCUGAACGCCACCAUGUCCUGGGAUGGCAAGCUCGUGCUGACCUGGUCGAGCGACUUGGACGCGAAGCUUUUCGACGCCAAAACCGGGGAGUGCCUCCGCAGUUUCUCUGAGGAAGAUGGCUUUGUGACCUGCGCUCAAUGGGCGCCUGGGGCACGACAGCUGCUGCUGGCCUUUUUCAGUGGCCGCGUGGCCGUCUUUGAUCCAGAGAAGAACUGCUUCAUCCAAGACUUCGUUGGGCACACUGACUGCGUGCACUCAAUGAAGCUGAUGUGAGAGCUUGACCUGGCCUCCAAAUGCCCUUGGGCGAGCCUCGACAUCGAGGUUUCCUGCUGCCAAAGCUCUGCCAGGACAUCAAAAUGAGGCGUUUCAGCGCGAGGGCGACUAAGCAAACUUUCACA